ACGUAUGCCAUGCCCCCCUUGGAGACCAUCAUUACAUUAUACUUAUCUAUGGAGACCAUGUUCAAGGCUGCAAUCACCCGAUCCGAGCAGUUCACGGAGUGUCGUACCUGCCGACUACCGGCUGGCAUUUAGUUCGGUGCCUACUGCCUAUAAACUAGUCCAAACCACAGAUAUCCUCCAUGAUAUCACAUUAUACUCUUUUUCACGAGGGAACGGGACCGGCGGCCGACCAAAACUGGUUCGCUGCCGCGCAUCUCCCACCAACUAUUCGUUGUAAGCGUGAUCACUUGGUUCUCAACACUCAACGCACCAAUCGAAUCAUUUUACAUGCCCUACACCCUAUAUCCAAUAUACACAGUCUUUCGUGAAAAAGAGUAUGGAACAAUAAUAUAUAAUAGGUUAUGUUAUAACUCGAUGAUUCAGACAUUUCGAGCCCGUCGAUUUUGCUACGGAGUACGGACACGGGACAACAGAAGACUUCGGAACUUCGCAGGACGCCAAUUCGUUAAUCGUCUUAUGCCAAUUUUAACCAUAGUAUUUAUUCAGAUUGUACCGAAAAUUUCACAGACAGCAUCCUAAAAUGGCGAAAGAUAAAAAGAAAAUUGAAUACACACUACGCCUAAAGGAAUUGAAAAAAAAGUUGAAACCAUACCGCAACAGCCAGACUGUACACCUACUCCGGGUAAUUACAGGAUCAUCCGGUGCACGUUUAGAUAAGUACUGGGAAUGCCUAGAAAGUGUGUUGACUGGGCACUACAGUCCUCGUAUUGUCCAAGAGAGAAUUCAGAGUGUAGUCAAUAUGAUUACUGAGAAUGGAGAGUACAAAAACACCAAAGCAUCCCACUCCAACUCAAUAGAACACAAUAUGGUGAUGAAAGAAUUUCAACACCUUAAUUUCAACUCCAAAGCAAACGUGUCUGACAAUGUAACACAUGUUGAAAUUGACUCAAAAGCCAAUGUGCUUGGCGAUGUGAGACAUGUUAACAUUGACUCCAAAGCAAAUGUGUUUGACAAUGCCAGACACAGUGACGUUGACUCAAAAGCCAAUGUGCUUGGCGAUGUGAGACAUGUUAACAUUGACUCCAAAGCAAACGUGUUUGACAAUGCCAGACACAGUGACGUUGACUCAAAAGCCAAUGUGCUUGGCGAUGUGAGACAUGUUAACAUUGACUCCAAAGCAAACGUGUUUGACAAUUUCAGACACAGUGACAUUGACUCCAAAGCCAGUGUGUUUGACAAUGUCAGACACAGUGACAUUGACUCAAAAGCCAAUGUGCUUGGCAAUGUGACACAUGGUAACAUCAACUCAAAUUCAAAUGUGGUCGAUAAUGUGAGGCACAGUACCAUUGACUUGAAGGCAAACAUGAUCAACAGAUUAAAACACUUACAUAUUGGCGAUUGUAAUCUAGAAUGUUAUAAAAGGUUAUAGAAGAAUGUAUUUAGUAUAAUAUAAUUAUAUUUGUGUAAAUAGUUACAUUAUCUUGGUAAUGUCUGUAACAGAUUGUCAGAUUGGCAACUUUACACCACACUUGGCCAUAUACA